AUGUCAGGGUCCAGAGGGCCUCAUCCAAUCCACAAGGGUCAAGAUAAGCGAUGGCCCCAGCUGGCCCUCGGAUCUCCGGCCGUGUCUCCACCCGACAGCCUCAAGCGCUCCCGGCUUACGGUCGUUGACUCCGGGCCAUCAACCCAGAGUAUUGCCACGGCCUUUGGUCCAAAGGUGACAGUGAAAAUGAAACAUGCACCUGCUCAAGGAGGAUCUCGUAGCUGUCAUCUUAAACCCUGA